AAGAAGGAAAACACGCUGUGUUUGUGUGUGACUUGCUUAGUGGCGUGUGAUGUAAAUGAUUUGAGUUUCACUUUAUUCAGUUCGUAAGCAUAGAAUAGUUAAUGUCGUAGGAACAGCUGUUGCAAUGUCUACGCCAGCUUCACGCCUCUUCCGUAAAUUAGACGGUCUGUUCUCUGUGUACAAACCUCAAGGAGUUCACUGGAAACUUGUCAGAGACACUAUAGAGACGAACCUACUGAAAGCGGUUAAUUCGUGUCCUGUGGCCCCACCGCGCUGUACAGUCCAGUUUAAGCUUUUACCUAGUGGAGACGGCAGCAGCUCCAGCCAACUCACUGUCACCAAGACCAGUCUGCCUGCUCUGGCUGAUCAUCCUCUGGUAACAGGACCGAGGUUUCAUAAGAUCCGUGUUGGAGUUGGCCAUCGAUUGGAUGCAUUUUCCUCAGGAGUAUUAGUUUUAGGUCUGGGGAAUGGAAACACUGCCCUAGAGAGUCUGUACAGAUCACAUGUGACCAGGGAAUACACACUGGAGGGGGAAUUUGGGAUAGCCACAGAUGAUUUCACUAAUACUGGACGAGUUAUAGAGCGAAGCACAUUUGAUCAUGUUACAAAUGACAAGCUAGAUAGAGUGUUGGCCAUGAUCCAAGGAGCCAAUCAGAAAGCUUUAAUAACGUAUUCUCAUGUGGACCUGAGCACUCAGGAAGCUUAUGAGCUUGCAGUGAAGGGGCUGUUACGUCCACUGGAUAAAAGUCCUCCCAUUUUAACUGGGUUGCGAUGUCUCUGCUUUAAACCACCUCUGUUCACACUAGAGGUUCAGUGUGUGAAUGAAUCUCAGCAGUUCCUUCGGAAACUGGUGCACGAGGUGGGGCUCGAACUGCGCACUAAUGCAGUCUGCACCAAGGUGCGUCGCACACGAGAUGGUCCUUUUAAAGUGGAGGAUGCUCUGUCUCGACACCACUGGACUGCUGAUGAUAUUAUACCAGCCGUUGCUAACUUUCGCCACACUACCAGGAAAAUCCGGAAGAAUGACAUUAACAGUCAAAUUGUCAAGCAGUCAGUCUCCAGCACACAGACUCAAGGCCAAACAAGGACUAGUGCUUGUCCGUCAGAGUCUCUAGCAAAGAGAAAACAGGAUCGCUGAGUUCUUCAGAAAUGUCUGACAGAAGGUAAUUCUAAUGUUCUUUAAUUUGAUGUAAGACCCAGUUAUUCCAUGGUGAAUAACAAUAAUUCCAUGGAGAAUUGUGCUCUGAUUUAUUCUUAAACUUCAAAAUAUUUAUUGCUGUAUCGAUCAUUAUACAGGAAGGUGAAGCAGAUGGAAACCCUAAAAGUACAAAUAAAAAAUAUGUUAAUUAAGAAAUAAAAAAUAAAAAAAACAGAAAUGGAAUAUUAUUUUGUCUAGAGUUUUAUUUAUUUAUUUUUUUCUAAGAGCAAUCUGGAAUUCUGGCUUUGAACAAAAAGUUUUGUGCCACUUAUUUGCAACAAACAAUAACAAAUAAAAAAAUAGCAGUUUAAUUUGACUAACCUCAUUUAAAGUAGGUGAUGUUUGUUUGUUUUUUGUUUUGUUUUUCUCGUAGCAUUUAAUUUCUUCUAACAUUUAUACUAAAACCAUUCAGUGUAUUGAUGGGUUUAUCUUCAGCUGAAGAUCUGUUUCGACAUCUUACUUGUUUGAGAGCAGCAGCCUGUCAAAUGCCUGUGCUUUAUGUAUCGAUAUUUUUUCAUGUUACUUAAUCUUAUUGUAUGUGUGUUGUAUUAAUGAAGAUAAACAAGACUUUGGUUCAUAAUAAAAGUGUUUG